CAGUUGCAGAGGAGAACUGAGAACCUGCCUGUGGUCUGUAAAGAUUUCCUCUGGUCCCUGGCGAGAAGAAACAAGCCGCCACCAUGAGUACAGACGCGGAGAUGGCCGUUUACGGCAAAGCUGCCAUCUACCUCCGAAAGCCUGAGAAGGAGAGAAUUGAGGCUCAAAGCAAGCCCUUUGAUGCAAAGACCGCCUGCUAUGUAGCUGAUGUAAAAGAGCUGUACCUUAAGGGUACAAUCAAGAGCAGAGAUGGCGGCAAAGUCGUUGUUGAAGUUCUUGACACCAAGGAGGAGAGAACAGUUAAGGAGGAUGAUGUCAGCCCCAUGAAUCCUCCUAAGUUCGACAAGAUUGAGGACAUGGCCAUGAUGACCCAUCUCAAUGAAGCCUCUGUGCUUUAUAACCUCAAAGAGCGUUAUGCAGCAUGGAUGAUCUACACCUACUCAGGACUGUUCUGCGCGACUGUGAACCCCUACAAGUGGCUUCCAGUGUAUGACGCAGAAGUGGUGGCUGCCUACAGAGGCAAAAAGCGCAUGGAGGCCCCACCCCACAUCUUCUCUGUCUCUGACAAUGCCUACCAGUUCAUGCUUACUGACAGAGAGAACCAGUCUGUCCUGAUUACUGGAGAAUCCGGUGCUGGAAAGACUGUGAACACCAAGCGUGUCAUCCAGUACUUUGCUACAGUUGCAGUACAAGGUGACAAGAAGAAGGAAUCUUCCAGCAAAAUGCAGGGAUCUCUUGAGGACCAGAUCAUUGCUGCUAACCCAUUGCUUGAGGCCUAUGGUAAUGCCAAGACUGUGAGAAAUGACAACUCCUCUCGUUUCGGUAAAUUCAUCAGAAUCCACUUUGGCACAACUGGCAAACUGGCCAGUGCUGAUAUUGAGACCUAUCUUCUGGAGAAGUCUAGAGUAUCAUUCCAGCUUUCAGAUGAGAGAGGCUACCACAUCUUCUACCAGAUGAUGACCAACCAUAAACCUGAGCUGAUUGAAAUGACCCUCAUCACCACCAACCCCUAUGACUUCCCCAUGUGCAGUCAGGGUCAAAUCACAGUGGCCAGCAUUGAUGACAAAGAAGAGCUGAUUGCCACAGACACUGCCAUUGACAUUCUGGGCUUUAGUAAUGAUGAGAAGAUGAGCAUCUACAAAUUUACUGGAGCUGUUCUCCAUCAUGGCAACAUGAAGUUCAAGCAAAAGCAGCGUGAGGAGCAGGCUGAGCCUGAUGGCACAGAGGAUGCUGACAAAGUCGCUUAUCUUCUGGGCUUGAACUCAGCUGAUAUGCUGAAGGCCUUGUGCUACCCUAGAGUGAAGGUCGGAAAUGAGUUUGUCACAAAGGGACAGACCGUGCCACAGGUGUACAAUGCUGUCAACGCCUUGGCCAAAUCCAUCUAUGAGAGAAUGUUCUUGUGGAUGGUUAUUCGUAUCAACCAGAUGUUGGAUACAAAACAACAAAGAAAUUUCUUCAUUGGUGUGCUGGAUAUUGCUGGAUUUGAAAUCUUUGAUUUCAACAGCAUGGAGCAGCUGUGCAUCAACUUCACCAAUGAGAAACUGCAACAGUUCUUCAACCACCACAUGUUCGUCCUGGAGCAAGAAGAGUACAAGAAGGAGGGCAUUAUCUGGGAGUUCAUUGACUUCGGCAUGGACUUGGCCUCUUGCAUUGAGCUCAUUGAGAAACCCAUGGGUAUCUUUUCCAUCCUUGAAGAGGAGUGCAUGUUCCCCAAGGCAACAGACACCAGCUUCAAGAACAAGCUGUAUGAUCAGCAUCUUGGAAAGUGUAAUGCUUUCCAGAAGCCCAAGCCUGCCAAAGGCAAGGCUGAAGCCCACUUCUCCCUGGUUCACUAUGCUGGUACUGUGGACUACAACAUUUCUGGCUGGCUGGAUAAAAACAAGGACCCACUGAACGAGUCUGUUUUGCAGCUGUACCAGAAGUCUGCAGUGAAACUGCUCGCCACCCUCUACCCACCUGUUGUUGAAGAGCCUAAGGGAGGCAAGGGAGGCAAGAAGAAGGGUGGUUCCAUGCAGACUGUGUCCUCACAGUUCAGGGAGAACUUGGGCAAGCUGAUGACCAACUUGAGGAGCACACAUCCUCACUUUGUGCGUUGCCUGAUUCCCAAUGAGUCUAAGACUCCAGGUCUUAUGGAGAACUUCCUGGUUAUCCACCAGCUGAGAUGUAACGGUGUCCUGGAAGGUAUCAGAAUCUGCAGAAAGGGAUUCCCCAGCAGAAUCCUUUAUGGUGACUUCAAGCAGAGAUACAAAGUGCUGAAUGCCAGUGUCAUCCCUGAGGGUCAGUUUAUUGACAACAAGAAGGCCUCUGAGAAGCUUCUGGGGUCCAUUGAUAUCGACCAUGACCAGUACAGAUUUGGACACACAAAGGUGUUCUUCAAGGCUGGUCUGCUGGGUACUCUUGAGGAGAUGCGUGAUGAGAAACUGGCUUCUCUGGUCACAAUGACUCAGGCUCUUUGUCGUGGUUACCUCAUGAGAAGAGAAUAUGUGAAGAUGACAGAGAGGAGGGACUCCAUUUACACCAUCCAGUACAACAUCCGCUCAUUCAUGAAUGUCAAACACUGGCCAUGGAUGAAGGUGUACUACAAGAUCAAGCCUCUGCUGAAGAGUGCUGAGACUGAGAAGGAGCUGGCCACCAUGAAGGAGGAUUUCACAAAAUGCAAGGAAGAUCUGGCCAAGGCUGAGGCCAAAAAGAAGGAGCUUGAGGAGAAAAUGGUGUCUCUGCUGCAAGAGAAGAAUGAUCUGCAGCUUCAAGUGGCAUCCGAAUCUGAGAAUCUGUCUGAUGCUGAGGAGAGAUGUGAGGGUCUGAUUAAGAGCAAAAUCCAGCUUGAGGCUAAACUCAAAGAGACCACUGAGAGACUGGAGGAUGAGGAAGAAAUCAAUGCUGAGCUGACUGCCAAGAAGAGGAAACUGGAGGAUGAGUGCUCAGAGCUCAAGAAGGACAUUGAUGACUUGGAGCUGACCUUGGCUAAAGUGGAGAAAGAGAAACAUGCCACUGAAAACAAGGUGAAGAACCUCACUGAGGAGAUGGCAGCUCAAGAUGAGAGCAUUGCUAAACUCACCAAGGAGAAGAAAGCCCUUCAAGAGGCACAUCAGCAGACUCUUGAUGACCUUCAGGCAGAGGAAGACAAAGUCAACACUCUGACAAAGUCCAAGACUAAGCUUGAGCAACAAGUGGAUGAUCUGGAGGGUUCUCUGGAGCAAGAGAAGAAGCUCCGCAUGGACCUGGAGAGAGCCAAGAGAAAGCUUGAGGGUGAUCUGAAACUGGCUCAGGAAUCCAUCAUGGACCUGGAGAAUGACAAGCAGCAGUCUGAGGAGAAGAUAAAGAAGAAAGACUUUGAAAUCAGCCAGCUUCUUAGCAAGAUUGAAGAUGAGCAAUCUCUGGGUGCUCAGCUUCAGAAGAAGAUUAAGGAACUUCAGGCCCGCAUUGAGGAGCUGGAGGAAGAGAUUGAGGCUGAACGUGCUGCUCGUGCCAAGGUUGAGAAACAGAGAGCUGAUCUGUCCAGGGAACUUGAGGAGAUCAGUGAGAGGCUUGAGGAAGCUGGAGGAGCAACUGCUGCUCAGAUUGAGAUGAACAAGAAGCGCGAGGCUGAGUUCCAGAAGCUGCGUCGUGAUCUUGAAGAGUCCACUCUGCAGCAUGAAGCCACUGCUGCUGCUCUCCGCAAAAAGCAGGCCGACAGCGUUGCUGAGCUUGGAGAACAAAUCGACAACCUGCAGCGCGUCAAGCAGAAGCUCGAGAAAGAAAAGAGUGAAUACAAAAUGGAGAUUGAUGAUCUCUCCAGCAACAUGGAAGCUGUUGCUAAGGCCAAGGCAUGUGUUCCAAGAAAAAACUAAAUUAAUACAUAAAUA